UACUCAGGGGUCCCUCCCAAGUCUGUACCCUGCCUCAGGCUGCGUAUGUAUUCCGGUCAGUGGUGGGGACGUGAAGGUGGUUAUUUGGGGGAGGGGCACCCUGUCCAGUGUCUCUCACUGGCGGGUGGGACUCCCUCAGCACUGACAGCCUGACCCUCCCCUUGCACACUCAUGGACACAGACACCCCUCGAACGCGAGAGGUGGUCACUAAGCAUUGGUCCAAUGAAUAGAAAUCAUCAGCCUCCUUCUAGCAGGGGUCUGCAGGCGUUCCCAACAAAUACGGCCCCACCCACUGCCAUAGGCCCCUCCCAUUUGACCAGUUUCAGCUUUGGGGGGAUGGAUGGAAUCUUUUGCCCCGCCCACAUGUGUCCCCGCCCCUCCAUGAGCCAGGUACGGCCCCGCCCCCCUGGGCCAGGUAGACCACGCCCCUCCGGGCCAGGUACUCUCCCGCCCCUGCCCGUUGGCCCCGGAAGCCUAGCUCAGGAGCCGCAGGUACAGCUGUGUGGCGGAGGGAAGGAGAUCCGUGUCCUCUUUGGCUCUGGGUUGUGUGAAGAGCCUGAGCGUGUACCUGUGAAUUCUUCAGACCUGGAGAUUCAGUUUCCUCUCUGCUUCCUGGGACUCCUUCAUAGCUGUGGGUCAAAGGGCAGCCUGAGCUCUGUGGCUUCCUAGGAUCCCAGACUGGUCCCUGAGGUUGGCAGUGAAGGAAGGAGGCAGCCUCAGGAC